AUGAAAUGCCCAAAGAAAGUGUUUGGCACCAAAUGCGGAGCACUAUUUGGAUUUCAAUUAUGCAUACUUUUUACAUUUGCUGGCGGAACAGUUCUUGCUUAUAAACGAAAGCUUUAUGGAAAUACUUUGCCAUUUUUAAAUGUUGCAAUUACUUACUUUCUAGUCCUAAUUUGCAAUCUAUGGAGAUGGGAUAAGUCUGAAUCUAAGUGGUGGGGAUACAUAUUGGUUGCAAUUUUUAUUAUUGGCGCCGAUUGUUUAAAUUUACUGGGCUACAACAAGACAUCGAUUGCAUCAGUAAUGCUUCUAGUUUCUACAGAGAUUUUCUGGGUUGCCCCCUUAUCAUUCCUCGUUUUUAAAAGGAAAAUAAAUUGGAUUCAAUUUCUAGCGAUGAUUUUAGGCGCUGGAGGCGUUGCUCUUAUUAUUGUUGCUCAAGGAAUUAAAGGCAGCCAUUUAAUAGGUAAUAUAAUUGCAAUUGGUGCUUCAAUUUUUUACGCAAUUGUCAAUGUAACCCAAGAAAAGAUAGUUAAAGAUGACACAAUUGGACUAUACUUAUGCAGAUUUUCAUGCGCUGCAGCUCCAUUAGCAGCAAUAUUGAGCGGUUCACUCGAAUAUAAGACAAUUAAAGAAUAUAAAUGGGAAUUUUGGUCUAUUUUCUUCCACGUUAUAUACCCAAUAAUCCUUGCAGGAUAUUACAUGUUCAUGCCAAUUGUUUUGCAAUAUUCGAAUGCAACUGUGAUGAUUCUAUCUUUUCUUACAACUAAUUUCUAUUCUUUAGCAAUCGAUAUGUGUCUUUUUGGGAAGCCAUUUAGUUGGCUAUAUCUUGCAGGGUUCUUGUGCAUACCUGUUGCGGUUGCUAUUUUUGUUUUAUGUGAAACCAAAUAA